AUGCAUGGUGAGGAAAUACAAACAGCAAUCGUCUUUUUGAGAAGAACGAAGAUAUGGGAUGCAAAAGGAUCGCGGGUGGAUUCACAGGCAGAGCACAAGGCGAUCUUGGUCCAGUUUACGGUUUCCAGUGACGACAUUCUGGCGCCGAGUACAAAGGCCCAGACGCGGACUAUGAGGGCCAGACAGCCGCCGGAUUAUCAUGAGCGCCUGGAAUACUUGUGGCAAGUCGUGUUGCUGUUUUUUCAAGCAAACUUCGACAUGGCAAUGGUAAAUGGUGAACAGCACAUCGGCGAUAACGAAAAGAAUCAUGUAGAUCACUUUGAAGUACCGAUAGAGAAAAAUGAGGCUGUUUACUUUUGGUCGUUUUUUUUGUUCUACAAGUCGCUUAAAAUGCUAAUUUGAGUGCCUUUGUGUUUGAUGAUGAAGAGUUGCGUCUG